AUGAGUUGUAGAUCACAUUGUCCUUCGAAAAUUGAGAUACAAAAAUCUGCCCCAAAGGACUUCUUACUGAGAGACGGAGAAAGAGCUCAAAAAGCUGCUUGAUCGACUUGCCUUGUUUGGAUCUUUUGGAGAAUCGUGGACAAAUUCAGAAUUCUACAACGACUUUUACAAAGGAGCGAUGAGAAUGUCCACGACCGGUCAAUAAUUAAUUUAUUUACUUAUUUACGCUCGCGAGGAGACGUGGAAAAAGUUGAAGAAAAAAGAAAAAUUUACACAUACAAUAG